GCAGACGGCGGGCGACACGAAAAGAAAUUUAACCCGAAGGGCGUGGGCAUUUCAAAUUCGAAAUUCGAAUGACUGCUGCGACGACAACGAUGACGUGUGGCUGGCGGCGCGAGGCCGGCGUGCUGCGGAAAGGGGCUCGGCGGCGGCGGAGGUUCCGUCCCGAGGCCGUUGCGAUUGCGCGGGCAGCGUGUGGUGCUUCCAUCGCCGUGGACCUUUGCACACGUCGAUUGCGCGUUGCUCCUCGUUUCCGUGGGGGGGACUGUACGCACAGUAAAGGGUCUGUCUUUCGACGGACGUCUUCGACUUCUUCGUCGGCUGCGGAAGGACGACACAGACGGCAGCGGAACGACGGGACUUUUUCCACGUCGCGGCUAUGGAGGGCGACGCAGAGGGUAGACAUGGUGUUGACUCCUCGUGAGCUGCAGGCAGUGGCGACGGCCGUGUCCACGAUCGUUCUUCGAUGUCAGCAGGAGAGGGCGCUGGGGCGACUGAAGGAGCAGUUGCGCCCGCGUAGACGGAGGAAAUUGACGCAAGAUCCGUGCGAUGGGGCCGAAUACGUGGCGACGUCAGAGGCUGUUGUUCAGUUGUGCUACGCAUUGGGUUGCGGAGUGAUACCUCGUGCGACGCCGUGGUGGUGGGCUUCAGGGGAGACGUACGAGAGCAGCACGUGCAACUUCGGGAGUGGACGAGCUUCUGGGCCGAUUGUCGUCCGCGACGUUACUGCCCCGCUGCUAAGGGUAUUCGGAGAGAAGAUCGCGUGGCCGACAGGAGUUCGUAAACUCGUUGUUCUGCGGGCGUUUGCUGAUAAAGGGUUCCCCAACUGCCACGGUUGCAUUGAUUGUACUCACAUCUACGUCGACAAGCCGGUGAACGCUCCGAGCGAAAACUACUACGACAGGAAGCGCCGUUUCUCCAUCAUCGCGCAGGUUGUCGUCGACCUGGACUUGCGUCUGCUUGACGUGCAAAUGGGAUACCAAGGCAACUGCCACGACAUCAGGGUGCUGCAGUUGUCCAGCUUGUCGCUGGGCUCAGAGGAGGGGUCGUUGUUCCGUGGUCCCCCCGUGACACUGUUGUUCGGUGUGAAGACGAACGGGUACCUUCCGGCGGACAAUGGCUACCCCCCUUCGGAAUGGAUGGUCGUCCUAUAUGGAGGCAUCAAUCAGCACGUUGAUGAGGAGUGGUUUGACAACAAACAGAAGGUGGUGAGGGGAGCGAUGGAGAGGGCGUUCGGCAGGCUGAAGGGCAUGUGGCGUCUGUUUCUGCGGACACACAAAACAAACCUGAAGAUGCUCCCGCAGCAGUUCACCGUCGUGUGCAUACUGCACAACAUGCUGAUCGACGCAGUAAUCCCCUUCGACGAGAAUCUGCUAUGGGAGGUCGACGGUAAUGGUGUGCGACGACGUGUGGACCUGGGGAUCGAAGAGCCCCUCCAGCCUGUGUCGAUGAUGACGUCGACAGACGAAGCGUUGGCGCUGAGGAAUGCUUUGGCGGAACAAUUGAAACACGAUUGAGUCGUGUUUCAUUCGUGGACGGCAGCGCGUGGAAGUGCAUUCAUUGUAGCAAUGGGCGGAGGGUAGAUUCCUUGUUCCGUCCUGCCUUCAUUGGGUCGCUAUCGUCUGUACCCCGUCAGGGUUGGUGGUUUGCGUGGAGGGUCGUGUUCGCCAUGGUGGACGGCAGCGCGUAGAAGCGCGUUCAUUGUAGCAAUGGCCGGAGGGCAGAUUUGUUGUUUCGUCCAGCCUUGAUUGGGUUGCUAGCUUUUGUCCCGCGUCGGGUUCAGUAGUUUGCGUCGAGGGACGUGUUUGGUUGCCGUCGCGAUUCGCGGACGUGCGUCGCCAUCCAUUUUAUUGAAUUUUGUUAUUGUUGUUGAAGUUGUGUAAUGCAGACACGGCUCACUCUCCGAAUGUGGCGUUCGCCUUCCCUAGUCUCUCCGUGACGGCGUUCGUGGCUAGGAUGACGGACCAUCGGUGAUCGAAGGCGCGAUGCAUUGACGUGACGAGCGUGGGCUUCGCGACCAGCUUGGCGAAGUAAAAGGCUUCGUAGUGGCUGCGCGGAUCGUCUCCCGCCAUGCGCAUCAACCACAUGCUGGCAGCCAACAAAAGCCUGAAGCAAUC